CCUCUCUUUGGUUCACAGGAUAAGGCAAAGGAAAUAUCUGAGUCAAAUUACUGUAUAUAUGCAAAAUUAAUGUUUUUUUUUUUUACAUUUUGAAAAUCAAAAUUUGAACAGGCAAGGAAUAAGCUUUUCACAUAUGGCUGAAAAUGCCUAUUAAAGUGAAAUGAAGAUGAGUGUGACGAUGCAUAUGAGUAGGUUAUUAAGCAGACCAGGCCAUUUGCUUGGCCUUAAGCCAAACCUUUACUUAACAUUCACCUUGAGGCUGGAUUCUGAGAUAGAUUUGAACAGUACUUCGGACAUGUUUCUUGAAAAUCAAUGCUGAAACUGGCAAGUACAUGUACCAACUGAAGGUGAGAAUGAGUGCGAGGAAUGAUCUACGCAGUUACCAAACCCAUUACGACAUCUAAGAGUAUCACGCAAAAAUGGCCGACUGGGACGUGCACUCAGAGCACAUCUGUCGUGUGUGCAGGUCGGAGGGGGGCCCAGAUAAACCACUCUUCCACCCCUGUGUUUGUACUGGCAGUAUUAAGUUUAUACAUCAGGAAUGUCUCGUGCAGUGGUUGAAGUACAGUCGGAAGGAGUUCUGUGAACUUUGUAACCACCGUUUUUCCUUCACACCUAUAUAUUCGCCAGACAUGCCAAAAAGAUUGCCGUUCCAGGACAUCAUCACUGGUCUACUGAAGAGUAUAGGGAGGGCUGUCAGAUACUGGUUCCACUACACUCUGGUGGCCUUUGCCUGGCUGGGGGUGGUACCUCUCAUGGCCUGUCGAAUCUACAGAAGUUUAUUUACUGGCUCCGUGAGCUCUUUAUUAACUCUCCCUCUGGAUAUGUUAUCUACAGAAAACAUAGCUACUGACUGCCUCCAGGGCUGCUUUGUAGUGACGUGUACACUGUGUGCAUUCAUCAGUUUAGUCUGGCUUAGAGAACAGAUCCUCCAUGGAGGGGGACCAGACUGGCUGGAUAAUGAAAACCCAGCCAAUCAUCAGCAGAGAGGGAAUGCUGCAGCCAAUCAGGGUGCAGCAGCUGCAGGAGCCAAUCAGAAUGGAGGUAAUGGUCAGGGAGCAGCCAAUCAAAAUGGAGCUGAGGAGGAUGGGGAAGAAGAUGGAGAGGAGGAUGAAAACGAAGUGAAUAACCAGCCUCAAGAUGAAGUCAACUGGAACCCCAUAGAGUGGGAUAGGGCUGCCGAAGAGCUCACUUGGGAAAGGCUGCUAGGGCUGGAUGGAUCUCUGGUAUUCCUGGAACAUGUGUUUUGGGUGGUCUCACUAAAUACUCUCUUUAUCUUAGUGUUUGCAUUCUGUCCAUACCAUAUUGGUCAUUUUACCAUCAUGGGGAUUAAAGUCAAUGAGUUGGUCCAGGCUAGUCAAUUUGAAGGUCUAGUCACCACUCUAACAGGAUACACCGUGAUUGCUCUCUCCCUAGUUGUACUUCACACCCUAGCAGCACUGGUGAAAUUUAACAAAUCAAAGCGUAUAAUCGGCCUGUGUUAUUUGGUGGUAAAGGUGGCGCUACUGGUGGUGGUCGAGAUCGGAAUCUUUCCUCUGAUAUGUGGAUGGUGGCUGGACAUCUGCUCAUUGGCAAUGUUCGAUGCCACAUUAAAAGACCGAGAAAAGAGUUUCAGUAACGCUCCCGGAACAUCCAUGUUUAUUCACUGGCUUGUAGGGAUGGUUUACGUCUUCUACUUCGCCUCCUUUAUCUUGCUUCUGAGAGAGGUUCUGAGACCAGGAGUGCUCUGGUUUCUGAGAAACUUAAAUGAUCCGGAGUUUAACCCCAUACAAGAGAUGAUCCACCUGCCAGUGUUGAGACACAUGAGGAGGUUUUUGGCAAGCAUGGUGAUAUUUGGUACCACAGUUCUCCUGAUGCUGUGGCUCCCAGUUCAGUUGAUUAAGAAAAUGAUCCCAGGAUUUCUACCCUACCAUAUUAUGUUAUCAAGUGAUGCCCCAGUCAGUGAGCUGUCCCUGGAGCUCCUUCUCCUCCAGGUGGUGCUGCCAGCUCUCCUGGAGCAGGGUCACACCAGGACCUGGCUGAAGGGACUGGUCAGGGGGUGGACAGUGGGCGUGGCCUGGCUGCUGGACCUCAAAUCUUAUCUCCUGGGGGAUUCACCAGAGGACACUGAUGGUGCUGAGAGAGUUGCUCCAAAUAUAAUAUUACCAGCACAGCCAGGUCAGCAGGGGGCAGCACAAGUUGUACAAGAGGAGCUGGGGAACCAGGGGGCAGCACAAGAGGCAGAGCACCAAGGAGGUGCAGAAGAAGCUGUCGAUUUGCUUGGUCACCAGGGGGCAGCACUACAAGCUGUCAAUUUGUUGGACCAACAGGAGGCAGCACAAGAUGUUGAAGCCCCUGUUGGGGCAGUUCAACAUGGUGCCGGUCACCAGGGGGCAGCACAUGGGGCUGCUGGUCACCAGGGGGCAGCACAUGGAGCUGCAGGUCACCAGGGGGCGGCACAUGUGGCUGCAGGUCACCAGGGGGCAGCCCAAGCUGUUGGAAAUUUGGGUGCAAUUCAUCAAGCAUUACUGCAUCAGGGAGGACCCUCAGGCUAUCAGCCUUUUCACAAACCAAGUUUUUUCUUUAUUAGGAUGAUGCUGUUGUUUGUCUUGAUGUGGUCCACACUAUUUCUUGCCAGCCUAGUCACCUUAAUCUUGCCAGUAUUCUUUGGUCGUAUGCUGAUGUCUCUCUGGAUGGGGUCUGUAAGGAUCCAUGAGCUGUACACUGCGGCCUGUGGACUGUAUGUCUGCUGGGUGGUGCUGAGACUGGGGGCUGUUCUCUACCAGUGGAUACCACAAGGCUGGGCAGCCAUUAUGACCAAGGUGAAGGAAUGGACGCUACUGGCCCUGAAGUCUCUGAUGAUAGCAUUCCUGCUGAUAGGGGUGGCGCCACUGUUACUGGGGCUGUUGUUUGAGUUGGUGGUGGUGGCGCCACUAAGGGUACCACUGAACCAAACCCCAGUCUUCUUUCCUUGGCAG